AUGUGGACGGUCUGCAUCCCGGGAUGGAGCGCGGCAAUUGCGGCCGGCGCCAUACUUCUGUACGGCACCCUGGAUGUAGCGUAUUUUGCCCGGAUGAUGUACACCGUGGCUAAAGCGCGCUACUUCAAGAAGAAAUGUUGUAUACUAGACACCACUGAGGUCCAAUCUUGGUGUCUUCUUACUGAUAUCGAUACUCUGCUGUACCACAUGAAUAAUGCUCGUUAUUUCCGCGAAUUGGACUUCGCUCGAGCUGACUUCUACGAGCGGACCGGGCUCUAUGCGAACAUCAAAGCGGCUGGAGGCGCGGUCGUCCAGGGUGCCGCCACAAUAAGAUACAGGCGCUACUUGAAGCCCUUCACCAGGUUUACCAUAACAUCCAAGGCUGUCUACUGGGACGACAGGACCUUCUUCAUGGAGCACGAAUUCGUAGGUCCAGGCGGCUUCGUUCACGCCAUCGCCGUCUGCCGGCAAAGGGUCAUUGACACUUCUGCUUCUGCUAUAGCUGAGUUACUCCUCCAAUUGCACUGUGCUGGAUCUUGUAGGCCGGCUCCCGGGAAGAUACCUCCCGAGUUGGAGCUUUGGGUGCAGAGCAACGAGCUGAGUUCGGCCAAACUGCGGGCCGUCAAUGCCCCACUCCCAACCAUCCCUUCCCCGAGUAAUAUCGGAUGCGGUGAGGUUAUACCCACAGUGACAACUGAAUGAGGCUAUCUUACUCACUGCCGCGGUGAAAGUGAUCGAGCCAAAAAGCACGAGUGAGACGGCUAUAUGAUGUGCCCGCUCUGGCAGUGAAGUACAGUUCAGUUUAGACGCAGCACUCGAGACGUGCGGACGUAUAUGUCAUACGACUUAUGUAAUACGGUAUAGCUUGGCUAUCGAAGUUUGUGUGAUAAAGUAUUCCAUCACGUUAUUGUUAUCUACGAAAAUAUUAUUUGUUUAUUAUAAUUAAUUACUGUAAUAAUAAUACGUAUAUUGUUUUGUAUUAUGUAAAAUAUUGUUCCUGUCCUAUAUUAUGUAAAUGUAGACUCUCUGAUCAGAUAUUCUCAUAAAAUGAAUUUUGGUGAUAAUGCUUACUGUAUAUUCGCUUAAACGCGAUAGAUUGAUAAAAAACCAACGUAACUCUAUAAUAAUUAAAAAAUCUCAUUUAAGUCACUUCUUCACCAUUUUGUGAAUUUUUAUUUUGACCGUUGACGUGAGAUUUUUUCCUCUAACUUUAGAGUUUGGUUGCAGGAAAAAGCAUAGCGUUUUUAUUUGAUAUUUAAAUGAAGAAUUAAUUAUUACAGCUAUUGAAUAGUACGUAGGUAGAGAGUACCUACCCGCGAAACAAAAUGUGAUUAAUUUAGUGGAGCUAGAAAAUGCUACAAAAAUCAAUUUUGAAGCAUUCAAAUCUUCGGUCACACGCCUAGUUCAGGGUGUAAGUGUGGCGAGUCGGUCUAAAUAACGAGUAUAGAUCGAUAUUAUUAUUUCAAUGACCAUGAGCUGACAGAUCGACAGAUGUGAGACAUCAUAGUUGAUUGUAAUUAAUGAAAAACAAGAAAGGAAUAUGUGAUUAAUAAAUAAAAUAAAAAUGUAAAUGAUUCGAAAUCAUUUUAAUUGUUAACAAUAUCCUUUUAAAAACGGAGAGACUGGGGAGCCAUGUUGUUUUUAAAAUUGAGGACGUCAUUCUCGUCAUUAUUAUGAUUUCCUUCCAUAUUGACAGUAAUUGAAACUUUCUUUAGCAAACAAUACCUUUUAUUAAAUUUGUAGUUUACAACUAUUAUAUAACAAGAGUUCACUCUUUCGGCUAUUCGAGCCGGAAUGUGUGAAGCGUUUUUUUUUUAUAAUUAAGAUGUUAGCCUUGAGAGGCUAUUUCAGCUUCACCCUAGUGUG